AUGGUGGGGGUCCUGGCCAUGGCGGCUGCAGCUGCUCCCCCUCCGGUGAAGGACUACGAGAUUGAGCCAUGCAAAAAGCGAAGGAAAGAUGAUGACAGGUCUUCCUGUAAAACAAUUACAAAAUAUUUAUCACCAAUAAGGAAGAUUGGAGACAGGGUUUUCUCUCCACCAAAAUCCAGUAAUAUUAUGGAUUAUUUUAGAAAGACUUCACUUACAAAUGAGAAGACACAAUCAGCAAAGGAGAGCAAAAUAAAGUCAUCUGCACCACUGCCCAUUGACAAUAGCCAAGACUGUAAGACACCUUUGGAAAUGUUCUCAAACAUAGAGCUUAAGAAGAAAAGAAGGAGGAUUAAUUUAUCUCAUCAUCUAAAUAAUAUUAAAACUGAAAAUGAAUCUCCAAUUGAAAUUAAUAGUGAUGAUAGCAAAGAAGACUCUAGUUUAAAUAACAAUUUUGAGGAAAGUAGUAAUUCUGUUUUACUUUACAAGAAACGUGUAGAGGUACUUGAAGAAAGCAUUCAAGAUAUCAAAAAUCAUUCAAGCCCUAUGACCUCCAAAAAAAAUUCUAAGAUAGUAAAUCCUAAACAAGGGGCCACAAAAACUGAUUGCAAAAAGUUGAGAAAAAGGAAGCGCAGAGAUGUCAUAGAUCUAUCUGAAAGUUUACCCUUGGCAGAGGAACUAAAUCUGCUUAAAAAAGAUGGUAAAGAUAGUAAACAGAAAACGCCUUCCCUAACUAAUGAAAUCAAGAGUACUACAAAUGAUGCAAACUCUAGAGAUAAUGUAACAAAAACAGCCCAGUUAGAUGAUAGUACAAUAACUGUCUCAUAUGAAGAAUUUUUAAAAAGUCACCGGGAAAAUAAAGUGGAACAGACGCCAGACUCUACAAUGUCAGUUCGUGUUCUGUCUGAAAAUGUUGAAGAGAUAGUCAAAAGUGGUUAUAUAAGUGAUAUAGACAACUGUGAAAUUUCUCAACAGGUACUCCUUAAGACAGUGACUGUUCUUGCACAAGUUCACCCUAUUCCCCCCAAAACGACAGGAAAAAUACCGCCAAUUUUCUUGAAACGAAAGCGAUUUGAAAUGGAAAAUAGUCUGUCUGAUCCCGAGAAUGAACAGGCCAUUCAGAAAAGAAAAUCUAACGUUGUUAUACAAGAAGAAGAAUUAGAAUUGGCAGUGUUGGAAGCUGGAGGUUCUGAAACUGUGAAACCAAAAUGUACUCUAGAAGAAAGACAGCAGUUUAUGAAAGCAUUUAGGCAGCCAGCAUCAGAUGCACUUAAAAAUGGAGUCAAAAAGUCUUCUGAUAAGCAGAAAGACCUCAAUGAAAAAUCUUUAAAUGAGGAAAGAAGAGAUAAUAGUUCUAAAAAAAUAAUGGGAGAUCCUAAUAUGCAAAUGGUUUCAAAUAAUGGCAAUUCACAGUCACACACUGAUAAAGGAAGUUUUCCUAAGGAGAAAACUAAAAAGCUAAAGAAAAAGAGUAAGAAAACAUUAGAUACUGGAGCUACUCCAGGUGAAAACAGAGAGAGAAAUACUGAAAAGAAGGAAACAAACUUUUCCUUAAAAGAUAAACAAAAUAGGCUUGGAAUGAGAUUAAGACAAAAGAAAACAGAAGUUUUCAAAAGCAGUACAUUACCUAACAGUGAAAGUCUUGUUUGUCAAGAUGGAGCAAAUAAUGAUCUUCUGAAGAUUUCCUCUCUGCGUAACAACAAUAAAUCCUCAAGAAACGCCAGCAUACCAAUUAAAGAUAAAGUUAUAUACUCUAAGGCUGAACCUGAAGAUGGUUUGAUAGAUGUUUCCACACCCAAAUCAACCAGACGAUAUUUAAGAAGCAGCAGCACGCCUACUAAGGUAACCAUUAAAGGUGCUGAUUCAGAAGACGCACAAGAUAACAGUCCAGUACAGGCUUCCACUCCAAAAGCAGCCAACUUACCAGAAAAGCGUAGCUUAUACACAGCGGAAUUACUAAUAGUAUCCUCCGAUUCAGAGAGCCCCAUUAGAAUGAAAUUCACCAGAAUUAGUACUCCCAAAAAAUCUAAGAAAAAAUCUAAGAAAAAAUCUAAGAAAAAAUCUAAGAAAAGAUCUAAGAAAUCUGAAGCAACUGAUGGAGAUUUUACAUCUCAGUCUAGAAAGGUGAGCAGUGCUUCAAAAAAUAUAUCAAAAGCAAAACAAUUGAUUGAAAAAGCAAAAGCUUUACACAUCAGUAAGUCAAAGGCGACUGAAGUAGUAGUGACACCUUUAAGGCGGUCCUCUCGGCAUCAGAUACUUCCUGAAAGGAAGAAAUUGUCAGAAACAGAAGAAUCUGUAAUAAUAAUAGAUUCAAAUCCUACUUCUUUAAAACAUCCAGAGAAAAAUGAGAAGAAACUUCAGUGUUUGAAUGAUGUGCUAGGAAAAAAACUGAACAACUCUCCUAUAAAUGUACCUGGAAAAAUGAAAGUCGCUCCUUUAUUUCUUACCAGAAAGGCUCAAAAAACAGCUGAUCCUCUCCUUGGUUUUGAUGAAAGCAGUCAAGAUACAUCUGAAAAACCUCAGGAUUGUGAUGGACAGUUUAAAGCAAAGCGUGACUUCCUAAUGAGUGGUUUGCCAGAUUUGUUGAAACGACAAAUUGCAAAGAAAGCUGCUGCAUUGGAUGUGUACAAUGCAGUAAGUACCAGUUUCCAGAGAGUUGUUCAUGUACAACAAAAGAAUGAUGGGUGCCAUUUGUGGCAUUUGAAACCACCCUCUUGUCCUCUCUUAACGAAAUUUAAAGAACCGAAUACUAAAGUAAUAGAUCUGUCAAAAUGUGUUAUUGCCCUUGGUGAAUUUUCAACAUUGAAUUCAAGUUCAAAACGUAAUAAUUCUGCUAUUGUGUUUAUGAGGACAAGGAAGGACUUUUCUGAAGAAGUAAGAAAUCUUUUGCUGGAGGAAAUUGGGUGGUCAAAUCCUGAAUUUUCCUUGAGAAAAUAUUUUCCCUUGCUUCUAAAAAAAAAAACUGAGCACCAGAAACUUUCUGAGUGUCAUGAUAAACAAGAAAGUCCACAACUGGAGCCUUAUGUCAAUAAAAAAGAAACCAAAAGGAAACGAGUGGAAACAGAAAAUCAUAAGUCAAAAAGAAAGAAACCAAAUGAAUAUUCAGAAAGUCCAAAAAAGAUAAAUGGGAAGCCAGAAGAAAUUGACAAAAGAAACAGUUCUUCUGGGAUAAAGCUAGAUUCUUCCAAAGAUUCUGGAACUGAAGACAUGCUUUGGACAGAAAAGUAUCAACCUCAGAAUGCCAGUGAGCUCAUAGGCAAUGAGUUAGCUAUAAAAAAGUUACAUAGUUGGUUGAAAGACUGGAAAAGAAGAGCAGAAUUGGAAGAAAGACAAAAUUUGAAGGGAAAAAGAGAUGAGAAACAGAAAGAUUUGUCGGAUAGCACAGACUUUAAAGGCAGUUCAGAUGAUGAAGAAGAGAGUCGUCUUUGCAAUACUGUUCUUAUAACAGGACCAACAGGAGUGGGAAAAACUGCUGCAGUGUAUGCUUGUGCUCAGGAGCUUGGAUUUAAGAUAUUUGAAGUGAAUGCCUCUUCCCAGCGCAGUGGUAGACAAAUUCUAUCUCAGCUGAAGGAAGCGACUCAGUCCCAUCAAGUAGACAAACAAGGUGUAAACUCACAAAAACCCUGUUUUUUUAAUAGCUACAACAUAGGCAAGUCACCAAAAAAAUUAAACUCCCCUAAGAAGGUUGUUACAUCACCAAGGAAACUUCCUCCACCAUCACCAAAAAGUAGUGGACCAAAGCGAGCACUUCCCCCCAAAACUUUGGCAAAUUAUUUUAAGAUAUCUUCCAAACCAAAAAAUAAAGAAGAAACAGGACCACUUCCGGAAAAUAAUAAAGGAAUCAAAAAUUCUUUUGAACAGAAACAAAUUACUCAGACUAAGUCUUCAAAUGCAACUAAUUCAAAUGUCAAAGAAUUUGGAGUUGAGGAAUCCAACAGAAAAAAUGCAACAUCUCUCAUUCUUUUCGAGGAGGUUGAUGUCAUUUUUGAUGAAGAUGCUGGGUUUUUGAAUGCAAUCAAAACAUUCAUGGCAACAACUAAACGACCUGUAAUCCUUACUACAAGUGAUCCAACAUUUAGUCUAAUAUUUGAUGGCUGCUUUGAAGAAAUCAAUUUCAAUACUCCUUCCCUGCUAAAUGUUGCCAGCUACCUACAAAUGAUCUGCCUAACUGAGAAUUUUAGAACUGACGUAAAAGAUUUCGUAACCUUGUUAACUGCAAAUACUUGCGAUAUCAGAAAAAGUAUACUUUACUUACAGUUCUGGAUUAGAAGUGGAGGUGGAUUUUUAGAAGAAAGGCCAUUAUCUCUUUGUCGAGGAAAUAGCAGAAACGCUCAACUAGUUUGCUUUGAAGAUGGCCCUGAUUUCCAAAAUAACCCUAAAAAUACUAAAAAGAAUCGUACAUACUUUCCCAAAUGUGACACUGGCUGUGCUGAGACCUUGUUUGGCCUUAAGAAUAUUUUUUCCCCAUCCGAAGACUUAUUUUCAUUUUUAAAGCACAAAAUCACAACAAAGGAAGAAUGGCAUAAACUCAUCCAGCUUCUCACAGAAUUCCAAUUGCAGAAUGUAGAUUUUUUAUAUAGUAAUCUUGAGUUCAUUCUACCACUACCAAUUGAUAUCAUUCCAGAAACAAAAAACUUUUGCAGCUCAUCAGUAACUGUGGAUACCAGCACAGCAACAAAAAGUAUGAAACGUCCGAUUAGGAAACAUUCUCAGGGAGAGCAGUCAUUGAAAAAGUCACACAAAAAAAAACAUAAGAAAAAGAUGGUAAUGCUAGAUGAUAGUGACUUAUUUGACACUGAACUGGACUUUUCUGAUAAAUUUAUAAGCCUAUCCUCUGCAUCUUCUUCCUCAAAUUCAGAAGAUAGCAAGGCCAGAGACAAGGAAAGCAAUCCAGAGACAAAGAAACUGAACAGAUGUUUAGAGCCUAAUAUUGAAUCAAUUCCUUGUCCUCCUAAAACACCAGCAGAAAAGAAAUGUUCUGCCCUUGUUUCGCACUGUUUAAAUUCUCUCACCGAGUUCAUGGAUAACAUGUCUUUCUUAGAUGCCCUUUUAAGUGAUGUAAAGGAACAAAAGAAACUUGGUAAAAAUGACUUUAGUUGGACAAGUGCAAAGGUUAAAAGUGGACUUUGUGAUGAGUUUAGUCUCGAGAAUAGUGAUGGAUGGACUUCUCAAAGCUCUCGGGAAUUAAAGGCAGCCGCAGAAGCUCUCAGCUUUAGGAAAUGUUCUUCUACUAUUUCGAAAGCAUUGGAAACCUUGAAUUCUUGCAAGAAAUUAGGAAGAGAUCCAACCAACGAUCUUACUUUGUAUGUUUCACAAAAGCACAAUAAUGUAUAUUUUAGUCAGUCGGCAACUAAUUUAUACAAUGCUUGGAAGAGGAUAGCAGUCAUUAAAAAUGUAUUUUCUAGUCGAUCUCUUCUGAACCUGGGUAAUAGACAAGCUAGUAUAAUUGAAUAUUUGCCAACUCUUCGAAACAUUUGUAGGACUGAGAAACUAAAAGAACAAGGAAAAAGUAAAAGAAGGUUCCUCCACUAUUUUGAAGGAAUUCAUCUUGACAUUCCAAAAGAGACUGUGAAUACUUUGGCAGCUGACUUCCCUUAA